AUGCAGAGCCCCAAGAUUCACGGUCGGCCUGCUGAGGAGUCGACAACCAUCAAGUCUGCCAAUGCUCCCACAAAAAAGUCCCACGAUCCGUGGGUACACCUCAUCGCUGGCGCGAGUGGUGGCUUUGCUACUGCGAUUGCAACAUCUCCUCUCGAUGUUCUGAGGACUCGUCUUCAGUCUGACUUCUACCAACGACCUCCUCCUUCUACUUCCGCGUCAUCCGCUGCCGCCUCUACUAUCUCCAAACACGCCACGCACAACACUGCUCGUAUCAUCAGCAACAUCUACCAAGCAGAGGGAUGGCGUGCCUUCUUCCGAGGACUUGGCCCCAGUCUAGCGGGAGUGGUCCCGGCGACCGCUAUCAAGUUCUGGGUCUACGGAAACUCCAAGCGCAUCGGUGCCCAAGUGCUGGGAACCGGUGAAGACUCUACACUCGUUCACGCGCAGGCCGCCAUAUCCGCAGGAAUCGCGACUGCGACUGCGACAAACCCCAUCUGGCUGGUCAAGACACGACUGCAAUUAGACAAGGCGCAAACCACGACCGGUACGCGCCGCUACAAGAACAGCCUGGAUUGCAUCCGGCAAGUGAUCCGCCAAGAAGGGUUCAGCGGCUUGUAUCGAGGACUCAGCGCGAGCUACUUGGGUUCGCUUGAAACAGCCCUGCACCUUGUGCUGUAUGAGCGAAUCAAGACUGUUUUGCACUCGUCAUUGGGAUCGCCCGAUGGCAAAGAUACCGCCACGCAAAAGGAGAUCACGAGCUGGCUGAGCACAACCGGAGCGGCUGGAUCCGCCAAGUUUGCUGCGGCUUUGAUUGCAUAUCCUCAUGAGGUCAUCCGAACACGACUUCGCCAAGCCCCAAUGGAGAAUGGGAUCCCCAAAUACACCGGCUUGCUGCAGUGCUUCAAGCUCAUUGCUAAGGAAGAGGGCAUGGCCGGUCUUUACGGAGGCUUGAUGCCGCACAUGCUCCGCUCGAUUCCUUCUGCGAUCAUCACCCUUGGUGUCUAUGAGUUUGUCCUCCGCUUCGUUGGAACAUCCUGA